UCGCUUCUCUCUGGCAUUCUUCCCCAGUCAACACCUUUCCUCUGUCUGCAUUUCACUCAUAAGGUCUUACAACUUCGCUCUUCCUCAUCGCCAAUGGCUUGCUUGGAGCUCUGUAAAGAGAGCAAGUACAAGGAAGAACCAGAAGGGUUAACUCUUGAUGGAAGUUUUGAUUGGCAUGGCCGCCCUGCUAUCAGAGACAAAUCCGGAAGAUGGUUUGCCGGAAUUAUCAUACUCUUGAACCAAGGUCUGGCAACCCUAGCAUUUUUCGGGAUCGGAGUGAACUUGGUGCUGUUCCUGACUCGCGUGUUAGGCCAAAACAACGCUGACGCCGCUAACAAUGUUAGCAAGUGGACCGGAACGGUUUACAUCUUCUCUCUCGUCGGUGCUUUCCUCAGUGAUUCUUAUUGGGGCAGAUACAAAACUUGUGCCGUCUUCCAGGUCAUCUUCGUCAUUGGUCUGGUAUCGCUGUCGCUGUCGUCGUACGCUUUCUUGAUCAGACCCCAAGGCUGUGGGAAUGAAGCACUUGAAUGUGGGAAGCAUUCGAAGUUAGAGAUGGGCAUGUUUUACCUCUCCAUCUACCUCGUUGCCUUAGGGAAUGGAGGGUAUCAACCAAACAUUGCUACGUUUGGGGCUGAUCAGUUCGAUGCAGAGCACUCCAAGGAAGGCCAUUCCAAGGUGGCCUUCUUCAGCUACUUCUAUCUUGCCCUGAACCUGGGUUCUCUCUUCUCAAACACCAUUCUCGUCUACUUCGAGGAUGAAGGAAUGUGGGCUCUUGGCUUUUGGGUGUCUGCCGGCUCCGCCUUCACCGCCCUCGUCUUGUUCCUCCUAGGGACCCCUAGAUACAGGCACUUCAAAGCCAGUGGAAAUCCUCUUUCCAGGUUCUGCCAAGUCCUUUUCGCUGCAUCCAACAAAUGGAGGGCUCAAAUGCCACCCAAUGAAGAGGAAUUGUUUGACGGGGAUGCUAAGGAAUCUUCCGCCACAAGCAACAGAAAGAUUCUUUAUACCCAUGGUUUAAGUAAGUUCUUGGAUCGAGCAGCAUAUAUAUCAUCUCGAGAUUUAGAUGACCAAAAACGAGGGGUUUACAGCCCUUGGCGUCUCUGCCCAAUUAGUCAAGUUGAAGAAGUGAAGUGCAUUCUAAGGCUUCUUCCAAUUUGGCUGUGCACCAUAAUAUACUCGGUGGUUUUCACACAGAUGGCUUCUCUGUUCGUGGAGCAAGGUGCCGCCAUGAAAACCACAAUUUCCAAUUUCCGAAUCCCACCAGCGAGCAUGUCCAGCUUUGACAUCCUCAGUGUGGCUAUUUUCAUAUUCCUUUACCGUAGAGUUCUCGAUCCACUCGCGGGGAGGCUUAAAAAGACAAACUCAAAGGGACUUACAGAGCUUCAGAGAAUGGGAAUUGGCCUCGUGAUAGCAAUUAUGGCUAUGGUCUCCGCCGGAAUAGUCGAGUGCUAUCGGCUUAAGUACGCAAAGCAGGGCAGCACCAGCUCUCUGAGCAUCUUCUGGCAAAUACCACAGUAUGCUUUCAUAGGAGCUUCAGAAGUGUUUAUGUAUGUGGGGCAGUUAGAGUUCUUCAAUGCUCAGACACCAGAUGGGUUAAAGAGCUUUGGAAGUGCACUGUGCAUGACAUCCAUCUCUCUUGGAAACUACGUGAGCAGCUUGCUGGUGAGCAUGGUUAUGAAGAUUUCAACUGAAGAUCACAUGCCGGGGUGGAUACCUGGAAACCUCAACAAGGGCCACUUGGAUAGGUUUUACUUCCUCUUGGCUGCCUUGACGUCCGUAGACUUGUUGGUCUAUAUUGCCUCUGCAAAGUGGUACAAGUGUAUACAGCUGGAAGGGAAAUGUGGCGAGAAUGAUGAACCAGGCAGCCUCAGGGUCUAACUUCAAAGGAGAACAGAUACAGUGGCAACAUAUAUAAAUAAGAGGAAGAAUGGAGCCUCUAGUCACAACAUCAUCGGUUAUAUAUAGUACCAACUGUUCUAAAGAAAAUUUCUCUGGUUUGGUAAGAGAAGCCCUUUUUCCCCGAGCCUCUUCAAUACUAUAUCAUACCAUUCUUAGGACCCUAACUGUAUUUUCAGUUUAUCUUCUCGGUGCUGGUUUGUGUAUUUGGGUUAAACCAUACUCUGAAGAGGCAAUGACUGCUUUAGGGUCUCUUUUAAACUUCCCCUCUUCCUCGUCUGUUUGUUCCCUCACAGAAAUGGAUUAUAUGAUAUGUUCAAGUGAUUUCCAAGUCUAAAA